CUGGGCUUUACCGCAAAUCCAACUCUGUUCUCAGUGACGGCCAGUGAUACCAUUUCUUAAGACUAUACAAAACCGCUGUGGCCGUGACCGAAGAGAUUUUACACCUGAACCGGAGAUUUGGAUUAUUCACCAAGUUAUGCGUAAAAAAGCGCACUGCUCGUCGUGACGCAGCGUCACCGUUUUGGAUGUAGCGCUCUCCCUGUGAAUUCGAACUGGCUGUUGAUUUAUUAACAACGUUUUACUGAUGAGGAUUAUCUAUAUCAUGAGAAUUCUGUGGGUGUUUAUAUUGUGCUUCGCUGAUUUAUCGGAUGCUGUGAUCGACUUGACCAUGACCUCCACAGCAGAGGCCACCAGCGUCAAUCACUUCAACAUCUCUUGCAUCAAUGGAGAGCGCAGCCCUGCCCCGGCUGAGCUGGACAUCAAAAGAGACAACAAAAUCCUCGUAUUCCCCAAAAAGCCACAUUUUAAGGUACAUAGCCUCAGGAACAAAGAGGUAAUGGCCAGAGAUUUCCGUGACCUGGAUCAUGUUGGUAUCUUCUACUGUGAAUCCAAGCAGGAAGUUCCCCCUCUUGAGACAGUCACAAUGAUAAGCAACUUUGCCAGAGCAAAUUUUAUUCCAACUCACCUAACACUGACUGCUAACAAAGGAGAGGCAGUUCACCUCAGCAUGCAACUACUUAACUCACAAAAGAGAGAUGUGACCUGGAAGUACAAUGGAAACUACUAUUAUAUGACUCACUGGAAUGACAUGGUCAACCACACUGCAGUGCUGACUGUUGAGAAUGCAGCUUAUGCCAACCAAGGCAUCUACAGUGCCAGCUAUGUGGGGGACAGCCCCCUCCAAGGUGCUUGGAUGAGACUCAUUGUCAGAGAUUGUCCCAGUAGGAAGUGGGGUCCUUACUGUGACAAGGACUGUCCGGAGUGUCUUAAUGGUGGCGUGUGUCAUGAUGCGGAUGGAGACUGUAUCUGCCCUCCAGGAUUUAUGGGGACACGCUGUGAGACAGCCUGCAGAGAAGGAAUGUUUGGUCGAAACUGCCAGGAGUCAUGUGGCUCUCAGCUGAACUGCAAAGGGAUUCGCUUCUGUCUACCAGACCCUUACGGCUGCUCCUGUGCUAGCGGCUGGUUUGGGAGCCGCUGUGAGAAGGCUUGCCACAGUGACAUGUAUGGACCAGACUGCAGGCUGAGCUGUAAAUGCCAGAAUGGAGGAGUUUGCAGCCGUUUCAGUGGAUGUCAUUGUCCCACAGGGUGGAGAGGGCAGAACUGUGAGAAGUCUGACCGGGCUCCCCAGAUCUUAGACUUGGAAAGCAAUUUGGAGUGGAAUCUUAACUCCAGCCCAAAGAUCUCUUGUUCCGCCACAGGCAACCCCCCACCCAGCCACAAAAGUAUUGAGCUGCGAAAGUUGGACAGCACUGUGCUCACGGCCACUCACACCAUCAUAGACUCAAAUAGGUCUACAGCCUGGUUUGAGAUUCCUCAACUGAAUGCUCAACAAGGAGGAUUGUGGGAGUGUAGGGUGUCCACAAAUGGAGGCCAGGACUCCCGCAAAUUCAACCUCACCAUUAAAGAACCCCCAGUGCCCACUGCUGCUCCCAAACUGCUGGAAAAGAGAAGUAAGCAGCUGCUGGUGAUGCCAGUAGACUCCUACCGUGGAGACGGCCCCAUCUUCUCCACCAGGCUCCUCUACACACCUGUGAAAAACGGAGACUCCCGGUCCUCCAUAAUAGUCUACAGUGACAAAGAGCCCAUCACGCUAAUGAACCUGGAGCCUUCAACACGCUAUCGUGUCCGUGUCCAGUUGAGUCGUCCUGGGGAAGGAGGAGAGGGGGAGCCAGGGCCUGAAGCCAUCAUGGAGACUGACUGUCCUGAGCCCACAGUUCAACCUGAGAUUGACAUCAGCUCAGCGGAGGGCCGCAAUGCCACUGUUCGCUGGCGACUGCCCGCCAACAUCGGGAAUAUUGCGGGUACGGCUAGUGGUUUUUUAGUGCAGCUCUUCGGGCCAGUGCCCUACAAAGAGACACUACUGGAAAAGACCACCCUGCUCAAUGUGCUUUCUACCAAGUUUCAUAACCUGGAGUACCAUCAAGACUACACCGUGGUGGUGUGCCUGAUCAACUGUGGCAGCCAGGGCCCCCACUCCAAACCCUACCACUUCCGCAUCAAUAGCCAGGGCCCAUCAUCCCCACGCAACGUCCAGGCUCUGCCCCUGUCCGUGUCAGCCAUCCAGGUAAGGUGGCAGCCCCCUGAGGACCCGAACGGAGGCAUCAUUAAAUACACCAUCGAGUACCAGCCGGUUAGCCAGGGGAGUCCCCACAUCUGGGUGGACACAGAUGAUGGGAACAAGACCACAAAAGACGUGACAGCGCUCAAUGGCAGCACACUCUACCAGUUCAGAGUGAGGGCCUUCUCCAAAGUGCCAGGAGAGUGGAGCAAAUUUGUUCAGGCAAUGACACAAGGAGAUGGCAUUCAAAGUUUAACCCCAACCACCCAGGGUGUGGCUGGGAGGCCUGAUGGGGACAGUUACCAGCUGCUGGUGGCAGUGGUGGGCUCGGUGACAGUCACCUGUGUGACUAUCCUGCUGGCACUUCUGGCUCUGUUCUUCAUCCGUAAGAUGCUGCUCAACCGCCGGCGCACAUUCACCUACCAGUCUGGAUCUGGGGAGGAGACUAUUCUGCAGUUUAACUCCGGGACUCUGACACUGACACGGAGGCCCAAGCCCACCCCAGAACCCCUCACCUAUCCAAUCCUGGAGUGGGAGGACAUAAAGUUUGAAGAUGUCAUUGGAGAGGGCAACUUUGGCCAGGUGAUCAAAGCCAUGAUCAAGAAGGAUGGCAACAAAAUGAGCGCAGCCAUCAAGAUGCUGAAAGAGUUUGCCUCAGAGAAUGACCAUCGAGACUUUGCAGGGGAGCUGGAGGUGCUGUGUAAACUAGGCCAGCAUCCCAACAUCAUCAACCUGAUAGGAGCAUGUGAAAACAGAGGUUACCUAUACAUAGCCAUUGAAUAUGCUCCCUAUGGUAACCUUCUUGACUUCCUGAGGAAGAGUCGUGUGUUGGAGACCGACCCUGCCUUUGCAAAGGAGCAUGGCACUGCCUCCACCCUUACCUCCCAGCAGCUGCUGCAGUUUUCUGUGGAUGUGGCCACUGGGAUGCAUUAUCUAAGUGACAAACAGUUCAUUCACAGGGAUUUGGCAGCCAGGAAUGUCCUUGUAGGGGACAGCCUUGUGGCGAAGAUAGCAGACUUUGGUCUGUCCCGUGGGGAGGAAGUUUACGUUAAGAAAACAAUGGGGAGGCUGCCUGUGCGCUGGAUGGCCAUCGAGUCCUUGAACUAUAGUGUGUACACCACCAAGAGUGAUGUGUGGUCUUUCGGUGUUCUCCUGUGGGAAAUUGUAAGCUUAGGUGGUACACCUUAUUGUGGGAUGACAUGUGCUGAGCUUUAUGAAAAACUGCCACAAGGUUACAGGAUGGAGCAACCCAAAAACUGUGAUGAUGAAGUCUAUGAGCUGAUGAGGCAGUGUUGGAGGGAUCGGCCCUAUGAAAGACCCCCCUUCUCCCAAAUCUCUGUCCAGCUCAACAGGAUGCAGGAGGCUAGGAAGGCUUAUGUGAACAUGGCUCUCUUUGAGAACUUCACCUAUGCUGGGAUAGAUGCCACAGCUGAGGAGGCCUGACUACCAGCCCCCCCAGACCCUAGCAUACCAUGUAGCUCCAAGAGAAAGUCCCGAAGGUGCUCGCCACGUUACUGCCACCUCCCUGAUGCUCAGCGUGGAGACAGGAGGACGCAGUGCUCUACCAAAACCACCCAGUUAUAGACAGAGGACUGUGAAAGGACACUGUGGAUGUAUCAGAGGCAUGAGGAGAUGUGGAGUAUUGCUGGGUCUUGGAUGGAGAUAUGUGAUUGCUACUAACCAUUUGGGAAAUACUGACUCCUGUCGAUAUAAAACAGUCCCAGAAAAAAGACACAACAUUGUACCUCUUGUUGUUACAAAAGGCACAAUGCUGGACCCUUUUCUCUGAGCCUUGAGGGGAAGUGGCACAUAAGGAGCUAUGUAACUUGCUGAAACACCACAGGGUCUGUGGGGUGAUGGUGCUGGACUUCAUUUUCUCUCUGUUGCCCUGAACGGAGAGGGGAAUCUUUUUAUGAAGAUGACAUUAAAAGGCACAGUAUGGACCAUAAGCUUUCAAGUUUUCAGAGUGUUAGAAAAGGGCAAAAGACAUUCACUGUAGCACCUAAAACCAGCCUCAUUCAUGCCAUCUGUCUUUUACUAUUUGCUUAUCACUGCCAUGUGAAUGUUACUACUACUGUUUGUAUUCUGUCAUUUUUAAGAAUAUGUAGCUGUAUGAAAGCCUCCUAUUUGAGUGUAGUCAGAGACAGACUGCUAUAAGUGCAGCCAUGGUGGGUAUGUUGCAUGCAAAGCUCCACUAUAAGAGUAGCCUUUGGAAAAUGUGACUAAUAUAGUGCUGAUGUACAGUCAGUCUACCAGCUACUACCAUUAUAUCUUAAGACACUAUGCAACCAAACACAAUGUAUAUCCAUUAUAUGAGAAUGUACAGUAUGUUUUAUUACUUUGUUCUUUGAAUAAAGCUUUUGUGUGAUGACUGG